ACUUCCCUGAUAAAGUAAAGCGGCAGAGGCUUGUAGUGUGCAAGCAAGCAGCUCUUUCUAAAUGAAUCGCAGUUAAUAACGCAACAAAUUUAUAUUUUAAGGCCGUUAAAUAUAUCAUGUUCGUCAUAGUUUAAACUGAGUUGGUAUUUUUCUGUCUAGCUGCCUACAGGUCGAGUAUUUUCUGUAUUUUCUUUAAACCAUCGUGGAUUGUAAAGUGGACGUUUGAGUCUGGUGUAUGCGGUGAAACAUUUCUGUCGUCAUUCAACAUCCAAUACAUACCCCAUCUAAACAUCAUGCCAUUCCCAUUUGGGAAGUCCCAGAAGAGCCCUGCAGAGAUAGUGAAGAGUCUAAAGGAGCAUGUGGCAUACUUGGAAAAGUUGGAACCCUCUGAAAGCAAAAAAUGUGAAAAGGUUGCAGAGGAAGUAUCAAAAAACCUAGCGUCAUUGAAAGAGGUGCUGUGUGGCACCGGAGACAAGGAGCCUCAGACUGAAGCAGUGGCUCAGCUUGCUCAAGAGCUGUAUAACACCAACCUCCUCAUUUCCCUCAUAGCCAAUCUGCAAAGGAUUGAUUUUGAGGGAAAGAAGGAUGUGGUUCAUUUGUUUAGCAACAUAGUACGACGCCAGAUUGGCGCUCGCACCCCAACUGUAGAGUACAUCUCUUCCCACUCGCAGAUCCUCUUCAUGCUGUUGAAAGGCUAUGAAACCCCAGAAGUGGCUCUUAACUGUGGCAUGAUGCUGAGGGAGUGUCUGCGUCAUGAACCUCUGGCCCGAACUAUUCUGUUCUCAGAAGAAUUUUAUUGCUUCUUUCGCUAUGUGGAGCUGUCUACCUUUGAUAUUGCCUCCGAUGCUUUUGCGUCCUUUAAGGACCUACUGACAAGACACAAGAUCAUGUGUGCAGAUUUUCUGGAGACGAAUUAUGACAGAGUGUUCACAGAGUAUGAGAAGCUUCUGCAUUCUGAAAAUUACGUCACAAAGCGUCAGUCUUUAAAGCUCUUAGGAGAACUGUUGCUGGACAGACACAACUUCACAGUCAUGACCAAAUACAUCAGUCGAGCUGAGAAUCUGAAACUGAUGAUGAACAUGUUGAGAGACAACAGCCGCAACAUCCAGUUUGAAGCUUUUCAUGUCUUUAAGGUGUUUGUGGCUAACCCAAAUAAGACGCAGCCUGUGAUGGACAUCCUACUCAAGAACCAGUCCAAGCUUGUGGAGUUCCUAAGCCACUUUCAGACAGACCGUUCUGAGGACGAGCAGUUCUGCGAUGAGAAGAACUAUCUCAUUAAGCAGAUUCGGGACCUCAAAAGGCCUGUACCUGCAGAAGAGUCCUAAAAGAAAGAGGGAUUAAAACCAGGGAGCCCGCUAGUGAUGUGGUUUGUUUACGUGGGAAUUUAAACAAAAUAAGUCAAAGAAAGAAAGGCGCAUCGCAUAGGACUAAAUCUAUUUGCAUCCAGAAAUCUAAACAGGUAGAGAAAUGUUGUUGUCAGUAUGUGCAAACUCUGUCUUUCUCUUUACUUGGGGGGGCAGGCAGGCUUUUGCUAUGUAAGUGGAAACCAAGCACUCCAUUUAUCGCCAAAUUAUUAUUAUUAUUAUUAUUAUUUUGUGGAUAAAGAUAUUAAUACUGUUGUAAGUGCAACGUUUAUAAAAAUAGUUUCGCUUUGGUCACGUUCUUGAUGGUGAAUCUUAGCAAAAAGAUAAAAAUAUACCCAAUGCCACCUCAAGGCCUUUUAACGUUUUUAAGAUAUGAAGUUAGAACAGUUGUAUUGGUACAUGUAUGGCUUGGCAUAUUUGCACUGAAUCUUGUAGAUUUGCUCCAGGAAGGCCAUUAAUGCCAGUUCAGACUCAAAAUCGAAUUGUACAAGCAUUAAAAAAUGUGACAUGGUGGGAGACAACAGUAACUUAUAGGUCAUUACAAACACACAAAUUAACUGUAUACACUUACAUUAAUCUGUCAAACUAAGUGAGACUGAAAGUACACCAUAGCGUUUAGUUGUCGUCAUUCCGCGCUCAAUUUCCAUCUCAACUCGCUGCCUUAUUUAAGUACAGUAGCUUGGUCAAUUUGGGUCUUCUAUUACAAUUUUAUUUAUCUAUAACAUUGGAUUUGUAGUAGUAUUCUGUAUUUGCUUGGGUUAACACUUAUAGGAUUAAUUUCAUUUAAACUCUUAAAAAAAAAUAUAUAUAUAUAUAAACGACUCUUUUAUACACACAAUAGAAUUUAAAUAUUUUUCUAUGAACCAUGUAAGGAAUUCACGGUUCAUAGACAUAAGUGAAUGGUACACAAUUACAGUGCAAGACAUGAUAACCCAACACACUGUAAUAUUGAAAAUAUGUCGACUGCUUGAACUGGGUAUGUCAUGACAUCCCUUAUGCUGCAGUUUGAUGGACAGCUCAGACAAGCCAAUGAAAAGUUUAACAGAUGGUUGCAAUAGGAAAGACUGUUUUAACCAUUUUCAUGUCUUGCACUGUCAAACUUGAAUGAGCCAAAACUGUGGUAACACACAUUGUAUCUUAUGCCUACAAUUUCAGUGCCUCAUGGAGGUUUUGGAUGAAAAACAGGAUUCUACUGAUGUUCAUUUUAAUCAUUAGUCUCUAUACCUUAAUUUGAAUAUAUAUUUUACAUACUCUGUUUGCACAAAGUCCUUUCUCAUAUACCUCAUAGGUUUUAAGUGCUGUUUAUUUUCACUCGGCAUGUGUUUCAUUACUUAUAUUAUUGUGUAUGUGGGUGGUAGUCUGAAUUAUGCAAGCAAUACAACAUGGUUUUAAAAUGCUGGAAAGGACCUACAAGGGAAACUAAUUCUGUUUUGCAGUUAAUGGAUACACAGAACAUCACAGGUGUGAGAAGAGCACUCACUGUUUAUUUAUAUGAGCCACAGUUUUAAACGGAUUACGAAUGUCAGCUCAUCACCAAAAGCAAAUUUUUCAAAGCGGUUUGACUUUUGCAUGUGGAUAUAUUGUAUUGUUUUUGGAGGUGCAAGUAUGAGUAAGAAAACCAGACAUACUUUGCUUUUAUUAACAACACCGAGUAUUAAAUCACAUUGCUUUUGUCUUGAACCAUAGCAUAUACGGAUUUAUCUGCCUUUUUUCCCCCAAAAGUAUAGUUAUUGAAAACAAAAUGUUACUUUUGUUUCACAGAUGUGAUUAUUUCACCUUUAUGGGGCUUUACAGAAGUCAUUUGUCUAAGAUAAGUUAAUAAAUGCUUUGUACCUUCAGAUUUUCCAUCUAGCAAAGGUGAUUUUAGAUAAAGAGAUCGAAAAUGUUACAGUAGAUCUUUUGCAAGUUAAUAUUACAUCCACCUUACAUUAACUUCAGCAUUUGACUCAAUGUUUGCUAUGCUAAAUUUUACUCUGUUCUCGCUCAUUUCCUUUUCAGUUUCCUGUUAUAUUUUCUACUGUGGGAGAGGAUUAUAUAUGUACAUAGUUUUAUUUUAAAAAAGCUAGCUAAAGUGUGGCAGCAUAUUGAAAAUAAAAUAAGCAAUGGCACUCUUUGA